UCGCGAGGGAAGCGGCGGGCCUGAAAGGAUACUGGCCUCUGGAGGAAAGUGGGCGGGCAGACGGCAUUGGAAAGCGCCGGAAGUGGUCGUGCAGAGGAGGGGUGGGAGAGAGGCUGGCCAGACAGAUCAUUAGGCUGUUGCUGGUCGCCUCGGUAAGGCGCGCUUUCCCUCCUCUCCGAGAGGCUGGCCCAGUCCUCCUCCUCGACCAGAAUGGACUUUAGGGAAAUUCUCCUGAUAGCUUCCAAAGCGCAGGGUGUCAACAACGUGCCGAAAAGAUACAGUUUGGCAGUGGGACCUCCCAAAAAAGACCCAAAAGUUAAGGGUGUCCAGUCAGCAGCUGUCCAGGCUUUUCUCAGAAGGAAAGAAGAGGAGCUCAGACGAAAAGCCUUAGAAGAGAAGAGGAGAAAAGAAGAACUAGUGAAAAAGCGAAUUGAGCUGAAACAUGACAAGAAGGCAAGAGCUAUGGCCAAGAGGACAAAGGAUAAUUUCCACGGUUACAAUGGGAUUCCUGUUGAGGAAAAGUCAAAGAAGAGGCAGGCAAUGCAAAGUCACACUCGCCAGGGAGCAGACCAAGAGUACGAGGUAGAAGAAGAGGAUGAGUUCUUAGAAUACAAUCAAGCAGAGUCAGAGCAGGAGUACGAGGAAGAGCAGGAACCUCCCAAAGUUGAAAGCAAACCAAAGGUCCCCCUCAAAAGUGCCCCACCAGUCAUGAACUUCAGUGAUCUGCUCAGGCUGGCUGAGAAAAAGCAGUACGAGCCGGUGGAGAUAAAGGUAGUGAAGAAGACAGAAGAGCGGCCCUUGACUGCAGAAGAACUCAGGGAGCGGGAAUUCCUUGAACGAAAGCGGAAGAAAAGGACACCUGAGACAGAUGCAAGGCUACCGCCAACCAGAAGAGUACCCUCUCAGAAAGAAAGUGUGGGCACAAAGCUUAGCAGAGGCUCUGGAGACAUGCAUCCUGCUUCCAAGGGUACUGUCCUUCCUCAUCCUGAGAAGAGACCCAGACCCAGCACAGCUGAUGAAAAGCGCUUGCAUUUGUCUUCGUCCAAAUCCGUGCCGGGGGAGAGGACCAAAGUAGCCCCUGGCAGUUGCUCCCAACCCUCGCUUCAUGAGGGCCGUGAUAGACCUGUUUUCAAUGGGGCUGGAAAGCCCCACCCCAGCACCUAUUCACCAAGUGUCCCAAAGACUUCUGCUAAAGGGCCUCAGAAAUCUGCCCCCGAGCACAAAGCCAAAAAAUCUCCUCCCCAUCCUAGCCAUUCCAGGCCUGGACCCAUGGCCACCCCACACAAUAAGGCCAAGAGUCCGGGUGUCCGGCCGCCAGGCAGCAGCUCCAGCCCAGCCCCUGGGCGGCCUAGCACAGGGCCUGCCCGGCCCAUGGUUAGUCCUGGCCCCGUGCCCAAGCGGCAGAAUGGCAGCUCCAACUCAGGACCCGAGCGAUCAGUCAGUGGGAAUAGGAAGCCAGCCAGUGACUUUAGUCCCCCAAGACGGACAGUCAGUGGUACAAGUGGCCUUGGUCGACCUGCAAGCAGCUCAGGGGGCCCUGGGCGGCCUGUCAGUGGCUCCGGUGGUUCUGGGCGACCUGUGGGCAGCUCUGGGGGCCCUGGGCGGCCUGUAAGCAGUCCACAUGAACUUCGACGACCAGUGAGUGGCUCAGGCCCCCCUGGGCGAUUGGUCAGUGGCCCUGGCCGGUCGGUCAGUGGCCCAGCUCCAGCUGGACGACCUGUCAGCAGUUCAGGCCCUGGUAGACCAGGGAGCAGCUUGGGACCUGGGCGAACAGUUAAUACCUCAGGUCCCCCUCUGAAGCCCAAAUGCACUGUUGUCUCAGAAACAAUUUCUUCCAAGAAUAUAAUCAGCCGGCCCAGCAAUGGACAGAUGAAUGGAAUGAAGCCAUCCUUAGCUGGCUACAGAUCUGCCCAUGGUCCUCAAAGGCUUCCCUUUCCUAGUGGUUACAAAAGGCAGCGAGAAUAUGAAGAGGAGGAAGAUGAUGAUGAAGAAUAUGACUCUGAAAUGGAAGACUUUAUUGAAGAUGAAGGAGAACCUCAGGAAGAAAUAUCCAAGCACAUUCGAGAAAUCUUUGGCUAUGACCGAAAAAAAUACAAAGAUGAAAGCGAUUAUGCCUUACGUUACAUGGAGAGUAGUUGGAAGGAGCAGCAGAAAGAAGAAGCGAAGAGCUUAAGAUUAGGUAUGCAAGAAGAUUUAGAGGAAAUGAGACGUGAAGAAGAAGAAAUGAGACGUCGAAAGGCCAAGAAGCUGAAGAAGCGUUAGCUGCUGCUUUUAUUUUUGUGAACUUCUGAAGACUGCUGCAAGGAAGUCCUGCCUUCAGACUGAAGAAGCCCCUUAUCAUUUUAGAAUUCUAGUUGGGUACUCAAGGAGAAGGAAUGCAUACUAUCAUCUAUCUGCAGGCUGUCGUUAGAGCAUAAAGUAUUUUCACAUACUUUGCAGGGUGAAAUCGUAAUGCAGAUGACGUAACGCCCAGUGAGUGCUCUUACGAAGCUAACUAUUCACAGGAGCCAGCCUUGAUCCUCAUGAGCUAUGCACUCUCAUGUGGGGCCGCUCACAAUUCAGCCAAUCUUGUAUUCCUUUGCUACUCUAAAAAGGAAAAGAAAGGAUUGCUCCUUUACUUCCAUAAUUCUGAUGCGUGAGUAUAGCGCUGCCUGGCUCCCAAUCAAAUAUGUCUUUUGAUGAGGAACCUAGCCCUUCCAGGAAUGCUGCCAGCAAUAAAGUGACCAGUCCUAAUCUCUAUGUUUGGAUUGAGAACUUGAAAAUGUAGAGUAGGUGUUACAAUUAUAUGGAUGUCAUUUCUGUGACUUUGAAGUAAAAAGUAGAAUAAAUUGUAUUCUGCAUUAUUCAUGGAUUGGAUGCUGAGCAUUCUUAUUCACUAAGUUAGGUGAUUAGGCAAUUAACAGAAUUUUCCAAGUUAAAAUACAAGUUAUGCCAUUUUUGUUUAAGAAUAUUCUCUUCCAGAUUUUACUUUCAGAUUUACUUUUUUGUUGGUGUAAAAUAGACAAGGUCACUGUGCUGUUUGAUUUUUAUCUAAAAGUUUCAUUUUUAUAUUGAAGAAAAAACACUUAUUUUAUUCAAACAUUAGAUUUGGAAGAGUAAUAGUUUCAAACGUAAGGAAGUGACAUGUGAGGCUCCCCUCCGCCUCAUUCCACUCCGCAUUGUAAGGAUAUUUGGAAUUCAAGGUGCCCUUUACCUUUUUGUGUCGAUAACUAUAUUUUUAUCUUAAAUUCUUUAGCGAUUAAUGGUAAAAAACCAAAAACUAAAUUCAUGUGUAUCAAGGCCACCACUUUCUCUUUUUGCCCAUAUUGCACUUUUAUUUCAAACUAUGCACUGUGAAGAGAUUUUUUCCCAGGUAGGAGAGGAUGUUCCCUGUUACCGUGCUUACUAGGCUGUGGAAUGUCUUCAUUCUUACCUUUCUUCAAGUCAUAUCAGUAGACUUGUUAUCUCUCUUAAGCUCAAGUCCAAGCAAUUCCAAUCAGGCUGACCUAGGUUCCAGCUGGAGAGAAGCCAAGUCUCAAGGAAGGUCAGCAAUAGAAAAUGAGGUGUGAUGAUGCCGGAGAGCAUGUGUCCCUGACUCUGAGUGGAGGACUGGGGACAAUGAGACAUAAGCUUGCAGAAAAUUCUACAAUAAACCUUGUGGCUGUCCUAAGCCAUCCGUCAGUGGGGAUCAGGAAGUAGGAGAGGUUAUCCUACAAGAAGAUUUACUCUUCAAAAGAUCUGCAAUUGUUUUUGUGUAUUUUUUUUAUCUAUAGAGCUUGCUUUUUCUCUACAAUGGAGUGUUAUAGAUAACCACUACUAAUGAUCACAUAUAACUGUUAAAACACUGGUGGCAGAAUAGCCUGUAGACUGCCUCUCACCUAUCUUAAAUACUUUUACUGACUCAAGAGUAGUGUGAUAUUCCAUGUAAUAAAACAGGUUUGGAACAUUAUUUCCUUUGCUGUCCCUUAUGUGAUUUAUUUUUUUCCCCUUCCCAAGUUUGCUUGAAUAUAUAUAUAUAUAUAUUUUAAUAUUCAGACUCUGAAAUAUGUAAUUACAAUCAAGUGCUUGUCAUAGCUGAAAGAUUUCUGGUGGCUUAAAGCUUACUAGCACUUUACUCAAUGAUAUUGUGCAGUUACUUGUACAGAAAGGCACCAUUGUGCUAGAGAAAAUUACAGAACUUGGUAGAAGAAGUCCUUACAUGUAAUCACUCUGGUUGCAUUCUGCUAUGAUACAGAUGUUGAUUUCAGUUUUCUUUAGCAUCAACAUUAUAAAACAGCACUUCUGUAUGUAGCUCAUGAAAAAAAAAAAAGGUCCUGAAUCUUUUAAUCUUAGCCUUGUUCCAAAUCCUGUCUUCCACUUUGUUCUGCAACUCCUGACCACUCUUAAACAGCUCACAAAUCUUUAAAGGAACUGGAAUAGGCUGUUAUUUUAUCAAGGUUUACAAAUUAAGUGCUUGAUUUUUAAUGUAUCCUCUGUUUUGAUUUUCAGAUUUUAUUAAUAUUUGAAGAUGUGCCUUUUAUUGGGUAAUGUUAAGUCAUGAAUGUAGUAAUGUUAUUUCACUAUUGUAAUAAUGUUACAUGAUCAUGGAUGCAGCAUUCUCAAACACGAUGUGAAGGGAAAGUAGUUUUCAUAAAACUCAAUAGAGCUCUGAUUGCACAGUCCUACUUGCUUUAGAUGUUGCUAUAUUAAAGCAGGGGGCACUUUUUCUUUAAAAGCUACUUUCAGAACUUGUCUUUGUAUUUUCUCUAAACUACAAAUGCAAUUAUGUCCAUUUGGAGGCCAGGGUACCACAUGUCACAGGCAGCCUUACAUGUGUGCCGUGAGAAGGUUCAAACACUGUUAUCAAGAAAGUCUAUGGGAACUCCAAAUUUCAUUUUUUAAAUGUAAUCCCCAAGAUCUUCUCCAAGAAAUAAAUUACUGUUUUGUAUUUUAUAAUUUAAAAGCAGCUAUUAGUACAUUUCUGAGGUAUAACAGGAGACCAAAACAUGUUUGGAAAGAGAAUAAAUAUAUAGAGAGAGACUGGUUGUUUUAUUUUCAAUGUGCUGAAUAUAUUAGACUACUAUUUAUUUUGUGAGUGGAUGUGAUGACAUAAAUAUUCAGGUGUUAGUGUAUGAUUAAGAGUGGGAUAUAGAUUUCUUUGAAGUUAUUAAAUCCAUGUCUUUUACAUAAUGGACAAAUCAAGUUUAAAGAAACGUUUACCCAGCAUAGCUUGUUUUCUGGUGCUGUUGACCUGCAAGAGAAUCUACUUUUGCAUUUACAGAUAAAAGUUUUGCAAUUAUGUAUAAAAGAAAUUGUAGGCAUUAAAAAUAUUUUAUUGAUA